GGAAUCUGCUCUCUUGCUUUGCUGCUACAACACGCGCCGUCUCCAUCUCGCAUAUACUCUCCGUAAUACAGACCGCGCAUAAUGUCUUCGCAAGACGCCAAAAUCGCGUCCUUCGUGGCGCGCCUCAACGAGCCUACCACCUCGUCUUCGCACACACAUGCAGACUCCAGCAAAGCGCAAGAAGAUGACGAGGACAUCUUCGCCGAGCUGGAGGCUGAGAUUGAGAACGACUCGAGCGCGGCGUUCCGCGAGCAAGGCAUGGACAGGAUCAAGCGAGAGAUGGAACUCCUUCAGCAGAGGAAGAAGGACGGGCAUGGACAAUACCUAGAAAUUAUGGACGAGAAGGAGGUUAUCCGGCUGAGCGCGAAGGAGCCACGCUGUGUAAUCCAUUUCUUCCAUCGAAAGUUCAAGCGAUGUGAGAUCAUGGACAAACAUCUUGCACGAAUCGCGCCGAAAUACUUCGACACCCUCUUCAUCGGCGUAUUCGUCGAGAACGUGCCAUGGCUGGUCGAGCGGCUUGGGGUCCAGGUCCUGCCAUGCGUGAUCACGUUUGUGAACGGCGUGUCAAAAGACAGGUUCGUCGGCUUUGAGGAGCUCGGCAACACCGACGAGUUCGACACAGCUACGCUGGAAUGGAAGUUGCUGAAUAGCGGCGUAGUGCGCAAACAAGAGCCCGUCAACGCUGGGCCCAGCGUCACGUACGGCGUGCAAUCGUCAGUGCGGCGAAACGUUCGAGGGCGGCCACAGGAUGACGACUCGGACUUCGACUUGGACGAGUGAUACCCAGGGCCUUCUCAUCUCCUAGCCUCUUGCUACGCAGUUUUGCAUGUGCUCUCAUCCGGCUGUUGCGCCCACGGAAAUCAAGAUGUUU